AUUUUUAGAAGCUGUGCCACGAUUCUUUGCUGUUCUUUAAAAAGAUUACAGGGAUUUCAUCUGGUCCGAAAGAUCAUCUUAGUAUCUAGAUCGUGGACCUUAAUCAUGCAGAAAGUUCAUGAGAUGCAGCAGGAGCUGGCGGAAGCAGUCAAGGAGUUCCACAGGAUUCAAGGGACGAGGCAACAAUACCUGCAGAAAUGUAACACUGAUAUCAUUAGUGUUUUGAAGCAGUUCCUAAAUGAGAAGUUCAGAAUUGAAUUGCAAGAACACUUUGAAUGCAGAAAUGAAAGUCUCGAAGAUAAUGUCAAGUUUAUAGAUAACACUAUAAAUUCUGCGUGUGAUAUCCACGAAGACAUUAUCAGUCUUAGACAGCAAGUUAUUGAUAUAUUCAAUGAAGGAGUCUCACCAGAAGUAGCUGUAGACAACUCAGAAGCCUUGGUUGCAGACCAAGGCAUGGCAGACUUCCACAAGUUAUCAUGUGAAACAAAGGAUCAGGUGAUGUUGAUCAAUAACCAACAAGAAUUAUAUGAAAUGGUCGUGAAUGAGACUGAAGAAGUAGUUCUCAGAAAGGUGAACCAAAUACUAUGUGAGAUGGAUACAAGUCUGCAAGAAACACACAAAGAAGAGAAGGAGAAUGUAGAUGCCCUUGCAACUGAAAUUACCACAGAGAUAGAAAAAAAUGUUCGACUGCAGGGUACAUUGCAGAUUAUACAGAGUCAAAUGGAUUCACUGUCAGAGCGCCUGCAAGCAACUAUAUAGUUAAAGUGGGGUUUCCUCUGCUCUGCAGGAGAAGGAUGAAUGUGGAGUAUUGUUGGACGAGGAUUUGUGUGGUUUGUUUUUGAAGUUGUAUUUACAAAUGGAAAAUUCUUUUGCUUUCGUCUUUCCGAAUGGUUGCCCAUAACUUUUUCUUUGCAAUCUUUAAUUUUUGUCAUACAGUGAACACAGAACUGUAUUUCUUUUGUGAAGUUCUUUCAGUUGGUUUGCUAAACAUACAUUACAUUAAUCUGAUAUGUUCAAUGGUAUUGUAUUCUGAUGUUAUUUUUAUAUUCUGAUCAUAGAAAGAUUAGAAUGGUGGCUUUAUUUAAAUGAAUAUGGCUUAAGUCGUCUUUUUCUUUUGAUUGCUUUCUCAUUCAAAACAUUUAAAAUACUUAAAAAUUAUUUUGAUUGCUGUUACAUCUAAAAUUAGUUCAUGCUGAAUUAGAAAAGUCUUGAAAAUCAACUAAAACAAAUAUGAAGGACUAUGAAAUAUUAAUAUGCUAAGUAAUUGUAUCAUGAUUGACUCUAUAAGUAAAUGAAAGGUAAAAUAUUUUAAAGUGAUGAUUAUAGAAAAAGUAACAGAAAAGAAAAGAUAAAUGCUAUAAAAAAAAAAUAAAGAAUUUCUUUGAAAGGAGUGACUUUUCCUUUUUCCUGAUUUAUUUCAUAUAAAGUUCUCAAAUUAUUCACAUGUUUUGCAUUUAUGCAUAUAUAUUUUCCUUCUGAGUUGCUACCAUGCUACUUAUUUCCAGAGGAAGUUUCCUAAUUAUCCAAAGUGUGUUAAUUUUCAGAAAGUUGUUGAUAUGCACUCCACUUUGAGGUAUGGAGUUAAACCCAUUAAAAUCUUAUAUAGAGCCUCACUUCAGAAAGUUCUUGG